AAUUCACGUGUUACCAACGUAGAUUGUCAGCUUCACUAAUUAUAUGAAUGCACGUAUCGAGACAUAAAUUGCUGUGCGUGUUCACCAUGAAUAUAAUGAUAACAUGAUGACAACUACUGGUCUAAGUUUCACACUAAAUGCAUGCAUGUAAGCGAACAGUGAACAUGCAUAGUACUAAUGCAGUGAAAGAGAAUGAAAGUGUCGUCGGGUCUGUUACCGAAGAAUGCCGUUGUGUGUAGUACGGCGAAUACAGAUGGAGAAGGUUCGGUAAUUGACCUAGGAAGCAAGUUCGACGAUUUUACGAAAAUUCAGGAAAGCACAAGGCCAGCAGAUGAACACCAUGUUGAGGAGGCGGAGCAGAAGCAGGGAGAGAGUUCUCAAGAGGAAGAAGACCAGAGCGCUGUUAUAAGGGGUGACAGGAGGGAAUUGCUGGCUACCAAGGGUGAUAGUGAUGUCUGUGUGACUCUCAAUGAGGAAACACUGUUUUCAGCUCAUGGUCUGGACCUGUCUUUGCCACUGUUGUGUGACUUCUGUCCCAGAAAGUUUAAUGACUUCAGCAGCUUUGAUGCCCACAUGGUGACACACAAGGAAUGUCGAUUCUUCUCCUGUCAGUUGUGCAGCAACACUUAUGUCUCUUGGGGCAACCUGGUCGCACAUCGCAAGGCAUGUCAUCAAGGUCAGGUGUUGAGCUGUGAUGUGUGUGGCCAACGAAAAUACCACCCUGGCCUGGGACCUGUCAACUUCCCCGUGGGAGACAGUCCUGUUGGUUGUGAGGAGUGUGGGGAGGGUUUUACUACCAUUAUGCAGUUGUACCGGCACUAUCGUGUCCAUGGCACGCACCAGUUCAUGCCUCACAAGGGGAAACUGGCCAAGGUGCCAGAACGAGCUGCUAAGGGCGCUGUUGACCAGCUGUUGGUUAUGCCUUCCAGUGACUCGUGUCAUGUGUGUUCAACCGAAUUCAGAAACCACAAGCAUGUGGCAGACGACAUGGCAAAGCUGAACGAUGAUCAUACACGCUGCGCUUGCAGAAGUUGUCAUUCUGAGUUUUGUAAUGCUCAUUCUUCAGUGGAGCGCAAGUGUCCGCAACCUGCGUCUACUCCUCAUUGUCAUACUUGUGUAGUCUGUGGGAAAGUCAUGCAAAACCUUGCAAGUUUCCAACAGCACUGUACCACACACAGUGGUGAAUGUCAUUAUAACUGUGACAGGUGUCUCAAAACAUUCAGCUUCACAUCUAGUCGUGAACAUCCCAAGUACUGCCAGCCCCUCAUAAAUGACUAUCACUGCCAGAACUGUGAUCAGGAAUUCUCUGAAUGGUGUGGUAUGACAGAACAUGUUGAAAAGAAACAUGCUUCCUCAAAUGAAAUGCUGACAUGCAGCAUUUGUGGCCAAUCGUGGCUGUCAGGAAAAGAAUUUCUUCUUCACUACCAAGCCUGCCUUACGGAGAAGCAGACUGAGAACACUGCAAGACAUCGUUUAGAUACAACUUGCUCAGUCUGUCAUAAGGUAUUCUCACAACCAUUUGCCCUUCGUCGUCACCUGAAAUUGCACGGUCCAUUGAGUCACUGUCGUAUCAGUUCAUCGUGUGGAGAUCACCAGGAUCAAGUUCUGGUGCAACAACAUCAUAAAGCUGCAUUUCCAGGAAAUUACAAGGAAUUGCAGCAUUCUUCAGAGUGUAAGCAAAGGUACCGCACGAGUAUGAGCCGUAAGAGUUUCAUAUGCGAGUACUGUGGUCGGGAGUUCAAGAAGAAGCUAAACCUACAGCUGCACGUGAGACGGCACACUGGGGAGCGGCCGUACAGUUGCCAACUCUGUGGUAAAGCUUUCUACACCAACCAGCAGCUUGCUAUCCAUAUCCGACACCACACAGGUGAACGCCCCUACGCUUGCAGCAAAUGUCCUAAAGCGUUCACAGGCCCUACUGCAUUGUAUGUCCAUAGAAAACUGCAUGACAAAGUGAAGCGUUACCUCUGCCCUCACUGUGGAAAGCGCUUCUUCUGGAGAUCAGCCUUUGUUGGUCAUAUUCGCCUGCACACAGGAGAACGGCCUUAUCGUUGCAGCAUCUGUAGUAAGUCAUUCACUCUGAAGGGCAAGCUGAAUCUUCACUUGAAGAAGCAUGCUUUGGAGGAUACAUUGGCAUGUUCAGACUGUGGGGAGAAGUUUGGAUCCGAAGCUGAACUGAAUGCGCAUCGCAGUGAGCAGUGUUCUGUCACACUGGUGACUUUUGUGGAGGAGGGUCCAUCUGGUGAAAGAGAUACUCGUAUCAUCAUUGUUAACACAGAGGAUCUGAAGCAGAACAACAUUUAUAUUGAUGAUGAUAAAGUGGUACAGCUCGUGGUCUGAGGGAUUAAUUUAAGUUUAGGACAUUUGCUGAUACUGCAGUAUAUUGGUUUGCUAUGCAUCAGCUUUGGAUAAUGUUUUAUGUCAAAGGUAACAUAGAUACCAUUGCAUUAGGAACAUGUUAUGAAAUAAAAAUCCUGAACAGUGAUA